AUGACUGCAAGGACCAAUGCUUUCGCACAUGUCCUUUUCAAAAGUGGGAUUAACAAUGAAUUAAUGAUUGCAACAUUUGAUAAAUGUAAUAUUCAAGAUGAUGAUGUGUCGUAUACAUGUGGUGGCAAAGUUAUAUAUGGAGAGUUACUGACUGUCGUUACAAAUCCAGUAUCAACACCAUUACCAUCAUCAAAUAUUACACGUCAACACAGUGAAAUGACCAAUAGCAACGAGAUCACUUCUGCAAUUGAAACUGUUGAAAAUUUUGGAUCAUCGCCUAGCCAUCGUAGUAAACCAACUUCUUCGAUGUCUUAG